AUGAACUACGACAAAAUGUCGCGAGCAUUACGCUAUUAUUAUGACAAGAACAUCAUGUGCAAGGUGCAUGGAAAACGAUACGCCUACAAGUUCGAUUUUCAGGGGAUAGCUCAAGCACUGCAGCCGCAAACCGGCGGCGCUGGUCCUGACUACCUUUCACCGCAGACGGUGAAUCGAUUACAGCAAGACUUCAUGCAAGGUGGUUGGUCGGCCAACUACAGAUCACUCAUUCCAACUGGGUUACAGACGAGCGGUGCCUUCUUCAACCCGUCAACGAUGGGUUACGGUGGAUUCGGUGGCGGCAACAAUGCAGCUUUACAAAGAAAUUUUCCUAUCUACGGAUCGAAUAUGACCAAUUACUCAAAGUGCUUG